AUGUCUAUGAAAAUCUACUCUUACCCACAAAACCCACGUGUUUACAAGGCCUUGAUUGCUGCCAAGUAUGUUGGUGUUGAAAUUGAAGUCCCAGCCUUUGAUUUCCAAAAGGACAGCAAGUCUGCUGAAUUCUUAAAGGUCGCCCCACACGGUAAGGUACCAGUCAUGGUCACCGAAAAGGGAUCCAUCUUUGAAUCCAACUCGAUUGCCCGUUACGUCGCUCGUCUCGGUGGUAAGAUCUAUGGAUCUGACGCCUACGAAGCCUCCGUCAUUGACCAAUGGUUGGACUUUGCCACCAACGAAGUUGAAGCCUCUGCCGUCGCCUGGUUGUACCCAAUCAUGGGCUUUGUCAAGUUCAACCCAGAAGCCACCCAAAAGGCCAAGGAAAACGUCAAGCGUCUCCUCACCACCUUGGACAACCACCUCAAGACCUCCUCUUUCCUCGUUGGUCCACGUGUCUCCUUGGCUGAUAUCGUCGUCGCCUGUUCGCUCUCGACCUUCUACACCAUGGUCUUUGACCCAUCUUUCCGUUCACCAUUUGUCAACGUCAACCGUUGGUUCACCACCUGCAUCAACCAACCAAACUUCAAGUCCGUCAUGGGAGAAGUCAAGUUUGCCACCGUCAUGGCCGAAGCCAAGAAGGAGGAAAAGCCAAAGAAGGAAGCUGCCCCCAAGCCAGAGCCAAAGAAGGAGGCUCCAAAGAAGGAAGUCGUUGCCAAGAACGACGACGAAGAGGAAGAUGAAGCUCCACGUAAGCAACACCCACUCUCCAUCCUCCCACCAUCCAAGUUCAACCUUGAAGAAUGGAAGCGUAUGUACUCCAACAAUGAGACCCGUGCCGUCGCCCUCCCAUGGUUCUGGCAAAACUUUGACUCUGAAGGUUUCUCUGUCUUCCUCUCUACCUACAAGUACAACGAGGAACUCGGUCAACUUUUCAUGACCUCCAACUUGAUCGGUGGUUUCUUCCAACGUCUCGAAACCCUCCACAAGUACGCUUUCUGCUCCAUGUUGAUUACUGGUGAAGAUGACGGAAAGAAGGACCAAGAAAUCUCUGGUGUCUGGAUCUUCCGUGGUAAGGGUCUCCCAGCCGAUCUCCUCGACUGUGAUGACAACCUCGUCUACGACUGGAAGGAACUCGACGUCUCUGACGCCACCACCAAGACCCUCGUCGAAGAUUACUUUGCUUGGGAUGGUCUCCUCGGCGGUAAGAAGUUCCUCCAAGGUAAGCUUUACAAGUAA